AUGGACCCAACACCCCCCGAAGAACACAUUCCACUACCGGGAGAAUGGCCCGUUGAUCCCCAGGAAGAUCUUCCCAUCUCAGAGGACCGACUUUGGGUCGAUGGAUGUUUCGACUUCAGUCACCAUGGCCAUGCGGGAGCUAUGCUCCAAGCUCGACAGCUCGGAAAAGCUCUUUACGUCGGAAUACACUCCGAUGAAGCGAUCCUCGAGAACAAGGGUCCGACUGUGAUGUCACUGGAAGAACGUGUUGCUGCCGUGGACGCCUGCCGAUGGGCAACCCAAAGCGUCCCUCACGCUCCCUAUGUGACUUACCUUCCGUGGGUCUCUCACUAUGGAUGUAAAUAUGUGGUCCACGGGGACGAUAUCACCUCCGACAGCGAUGGCAACGACUGCUACCGGUUUGUCAAAGCUGCUGGGCGCUUCCGUGUCGUUAAGCGAACCCCUGGAAUUUCAACAACCGAUCUCGUCGGCCGCAUGCUGUUGUGUACCAGGAACCACUUCGUGAAGUCGGUCAAAGGAACGCUUUCCGGGCAAGAAGGAUUCGGGAAUUCUGAAGAGCGCCAAGCGUCUGCCGCGGAUCUCCUGCGCCGGAUCAAAGACUAUGCUACUGACGAGACCGGCUUGCAGCCCGGGCCCCAGGUGUGGACAUGGUGUGGUUCCGGUACCGCAAAGCUGGACCAUGUGCUAGAGGAGGCUGGCAAUUUUGAGACAUUGGUAGAUGGAAAGGGACCCAGGCCUGGGCAACGUAUCGUUUACGUUGAUGGCGGGUUCGAUCUCUUUUCGUCCGGUCACAUUGCUUUCCUCCGCAAGGUCACCGAGCUCGAGGAGACUGAGGCUCGCCAGCGCGGCUGGUAUGAACCAGAACAAAUUGACAAACGGUUGAAGGAGUCCAACGAAGAUUAUUCCCCGGCCUAUAUCGUUGCAGGUAUUCACGACGAUGAUGUGAUCAACCACUGGAAGGGUUUGAAUUACCCCAUCAUGAACAUCUUCGAACGUGGUCUGUGUGUUCUUCAAUGCCGUUACAUCCAUGCCGUCGCAUUCUCGGCACCAUUCACCCCGAGCGAAGCAUACUUGAGGGCUAUGCCCUGGGGCACCCCCGAUGCCGUCUACCACGGGCCUACGACCUUCAUCCCACUCACCUACGACCCAUACACCGAUCCUAAGAAGAUGGGUAUUUUCCGUGAAGCUGAGCAGCACGCCUUCCAGCACGUGAACGCUGGCGAGAUCGUUGGUCGGAUCUUGAAGAGCCGUGAAGCCUAUGAAGCUAGGCAACGUGCCAAGCUAGACAAAGCUAUUGCGGAGGAUCUAGUGAAGUCAAAGGAAGCAGCCGAAGCCAAGUAG